AUGCUCGGCCGGCUCUUGCACUUGGGCUCUGGCGGCCCUUCAGCCACGCCUACCCAGGCCACCGCAAAGACCUCGAGGCCCGUAUCCUCGCUUGAAUCUGUCCAGGAGGACAUCUUUACUCGAAAUUUGCUUUUUCCAGACGCUCAUGCUUUGUAUCAACAUCGCAAUGACCAAGUGUUUCCUUUAUCAACCACUCCCACAACCCCUGCCACCUCCACGGCAAAUGCCUUCGACUACAGCGGUGAUGUCGACUUGGAUGUUCGCGAUGUUCGCGUUAUCAUAAUGCAGGAUGCCCUGGGCCCUUCUAAUGCCUCCCUUCUCUUUGAUAGCCACCCCGCUCCUCCACUAUCACCUACGGAGCGUGGGCCUCCUUCGCCAGAGCUUCGUCGAUCAUCAAUCUCGCAGCGCAAAAGCAGUCUUGGCGGUAUAUCACGCCCUCUAGUAAUUCAACCCGAAGGACCACAACCUUCACCUCGACAAGGCGCUUUUGAUCGCCGAGCUUCACUGCAGGGACGCAGAGAUAGCCAAGUCGAGUCAGACGGACAGAAAGCAGCUCGCGAGUAUCGUGAGGAACUUGCGACCUUCUCCAGCUGCAUCUUUGGGAACUCCGAGCUGUCGUCUUACAAGGGAACAUCCACCAAAGUUCACGUUGUACCAAGUGAGUCACGCCCUGCUGAUCCCACCAGCAGCAUUAUUGGCGAUGGCAGAAGCUCCAUUGGACGCUCCAGUGCUCGGUCCAGCCGACUGUCUCAGUCCUUCUCCUCACAAGCCUUUUCUCCCACAAAUGGCACAGCUCCUAUGCAGGCCCCUACUUCUCGCUCAGUAGAAAAGAAGAAAGUUCUGAUAACACGCCUGUUUCCCGUCAACCUCCCCUUAGACGACCUAGAAACCAAUGUCUCGCCUUCGAAUAACUGGGCAGAUGACAACACUGGCUUUCCAUUUCCUACGACAAGCGACGAAUCUGUACCCAAGAAGAAGAAACCCCAGGUCAAGCAACGGCGAACUCCCAUGUAUGCUGUGGUCUUGGUAGUUCAACUGCCUGCUGCAAACACCACCUCAAAUCGCAUGUCCACGGCCCAAUCCAAAUCCGGUCAACGAGAAUCAAGCUCCUAUAACGAUCAGGAGAACUUCUUCCCAUCGUCCUUUAGCUCAGCUCGACCUUCAGGAUGGACUAUGGUCGGAUCUGGAGAAGCAGCAGAACCAACCUACACAGCCGAUAUGGAAGAUAGAAUCGAUUCACUUACUCGGCACUGGGAUAUCAUCAUGAGGACGCUAACCCAUCUUCAGUCUGUGGUUGCCACAAUACUCGCAACAAUGCUCAGACAGGUCGAUCUCGCUUCACCUGGACCCGUUCCAGGACCUACUGUUGGACCGGUUCCAACAUCUUCACAGACCGGCCGAGCUCCCUCAUUCUCCGAGCAAAGACGACAUGAAAUGCCUCGGAUUAAGCCUCCGAAGAGCACUACUAAGCUUGUUCACCUUUGGCCUAACUGUCUUGCAGAUGACACAAACAUUGCUGGAGAAGUUGACGCCGCCAGACACAGAAUUGUUAUGGGACUGAGUGCAGCAAGAGUUGUAACUGGCCAAGGACGUUGGGGAAUUUGGCGUGAUGAGGCACGCUGGACGUCCAAAUGGGUUUCCGGAACAGAUCAGCAGAAUCAGUUCUUUUACAACCUACUUACCGGGUUCCUCUCCACCCACACAGAUUGGCUGCAGGCUCUAUGCCCCCCUUCGUAUCGUAGAAGGCUCUAUCUUCAGCAGAAGAACCGUAACGAGGAAGACUUGUCACUACCGGCGCGAACAAUUGUCGUUUCCGACGACAAGAUGGUAGCUCGCCGCCUCGUUUUUCUUUUGUCUGCUUUCCUGCCUGCCAAUUCACAGUUUCCUAUGCCUCGCGCUCACCGACCUAGCACUUCGACAUCGGUGGGGACUUAUUCCAACUCGCCCCCGACCUUCGUCAUUCCUGUUCUACGGGAGGAGUCCCUUCGUCGCAAGAUCAAUCGUCGCACAGGGCUCCGUCGAGCUUCCCACUCAAGAACGACAAGCCAAAGCGCUAGAGCCUCGGCUGUUCCUGCACAGCUAGCUCACCUGACCAUGGAUAGAAAUCAUGAAAGGCGUGUUUCAGAUGCAGCCUCUAUCCGACCCUCAAACUUUGCUAUGUUUGGCAACGAUAUGGUGAGCAGAAAGAGCAGUGCAGCGACAACCACAACUAUCAUGCCUGAGACAACCAUCCCGCAUUUCUCAACAGCUCAAAGAGUGGAGUCGCAAAGAAGACCUCGCCCUAGCAGCAGCGGAAGUGUCGCUACUGACGAUCUGAAGCGCUCUUUGAAGCGAGGUGAAAGCACAGGCGCGAUGAGCAACACCAGCAACGACUCUAGAAGCCAAAGUUCGCGCUGGGGGAGCGUCAUUAGUGGCCUUUGGAGCACUCGACGCCGUGAUUCGACCUCUUAUAGUACAUACAGUGGAUAUGAUCCCAAGUCACCAGCAAAGGCUUCGUUCCACAGAACGGAUAAGCUGUCUCAGAUGGUGGAAGAGGCAACACUGGGGGAAGACACAAACGCACCAACAUCAUCGGCACGCCUUUCUACUGAUGCCCUUCGAGGAAGCGGCACACCAAGAGAAUGCAAAGGCCAUAGCCGGGAACCUUCGAUCCGUCCUGACAGAACACCGGAUCCUACUGGUGCUUUCGAAUCGCCUGUCAAGACUUCUAUCAAUGCCGACGAUGGUAUCAUUGACGUCGACAUCUCUUUCCCCGAUUAUAUGACGUCCUUUGAGUCUGCUAUCAGCUCGCCUUCAAGCAGUGGGUACUUGUCUACUCCUGGAAUUCCAAACGGACUCGAGUCAUUUGAACAAGCGUCACGCUUAUGCAUUGAUGGCGAUCUUCCCCUGAACGCUGCUGGCUGGCUUAAUCGUUACCACCCAGAUUUUGCCCUCCAGGCUAUUCCUCCCCAGGACGACCUUAUUGAUCAGAUCAAAGCAUCUCUUCAAGCUGAACCCACCCCCCCUCCUGCCUACCCCAUUCUGGGUGACCUUAAUGAGCGAUGGGUGGAUAUCAGCAGUGUUAUGAUUGCCGAUACAACUACCAACUCAAUCACUCGACUUCGAUAUCGUCGAUUGGUUAAACCACGGGCGCCUGCUGAUCACCGACCUCUUACUGGCCCACCUGGUCUUUCAACCUCUUAUGGAGGACUCCUUACUCCUUCGAUUCUUCCUUACGAAACCCAGCUGGAGGAGGAAUGGAUCGAAGAGCCUGUCUUGCGCCCUGACGAGACCUUGACUGAUGCCGUUGAAAGAGUCAUCAGCUUGAGCCAAGAUACCAGCAAGGAUCAUUCUCUGGCAUCCUCUCAAACACACAGUGAUGCUCACAUGAGCACUGAGGCUGAGGAGCCGCUAUCUAUCACAGCUCCCGCUACUCCAGCUUUGGCCCCAGCACCCCUCGAGAUACCUCGUGUCCAGUGCAAGACAGUCGUUCUUUCAGCACUUGAAGACAGUAUCCGCGAAGUCAUCGACAUUCGUGAGAAGCGACACUUGGAGACAAACCAUGCCAGAAAUGGUGGAUCACGAAACCCGCUUCAUGAUGCCAUCGGCAUGUGGCUUGAUAAUCUCGAUAUUACCGACGGAUAA